AUGUCUGCGUUGAAAUCUUCGGGCCGGUUUUUUACAAUCGGGCUGGUGGCGGCGUGGUAUUCAUCCAACAUUGGGGUUUUGCUGCUGAACAAGUAUCUGUUGAGCAAUUACGGGUUCAAGUACCCGAUUUUCUUGACCAUGUGCCACAUGACGGCGUGUUCGCUGCUGAGCUACGUUGCUAUUGCGUGGAUGAAGAUGGUGCCGAUGCAGACCAUAAGGUCUAGGGUUCAGUUCAUGAAGAUCUCUGCCCUCAGCUUGAUUUUCUGCGCCUCGGUUGUUAGCGGCAAUAUUUCGCUCAAGUACUUGCCGGUUAGCUUCAAUCAGGCAAUUGGCGCCACCACGCCUUUCUUCACGGCUGUUUUCGCCUACGUGAUGACAAUGAAAAGGGAAGCUUGGUUGACUUACCUGACUUUGGUGCCGGUAGUUACCGGAGUCAUCAUUGCCAGUGGGGGCGAACCGAGUUUUCAUUUGGUUGGAUUUAUCAUAUGUGUUGCUGCAACAGCGGCAAGGGCACUCAAAUCAGUGGUUCAGGGGAUUUUACUUUCUUCUGAAGGGGAAAAACUGAAUUCAAUGAACCUGCUCCUGUAUAUGGCUCCUAUAGCUGUUGUACUACUACUUCCCGUGACCAUUUACAUGGAGGAUAACGUUGUUGGUAUCACACUGGCGUUGGCAAGAGAAGAUAGCAGAAUUAUUUGGUUACUCUUGUUCAAUUCUGCACUCGCGUAUUUUGUGAACUUGACAAAUUUUUUGGUCACGAAGCACACCAGUGCUCUAACUCUUCAGGUGCUUGGAAAUGCAAAAGGAGCAGUAGCAGUGGUAAUCUCCAUAAUGAUUUUCAGGAAUCCCGUAUCGGCUACUGGAAUGCUCGGUUAUGGCCUGACAGUCUUUGGUGUUAUCCUCUAUAGUGAAGCCAAAAAGCAUAGAAAAUGA